GGAGAGGGUGCCCUUGCUUGGUUGAUGGCUGUCGUGAUUCUUCGAGCCGACCAUGGGCCUGAAAGCGAAGGCCCAGCCGUCCGCCGAGGAGACCCCUGUCCGGGUGGCUGUGCGCAUUCGCCCCCUGCUACCCAAGGAGCGCCUGCGCGGCCACCACACAUGUCUCAGUGCUGACCCGGAGGCGAGGAAAGUGACCCUUGGGCGCAAUCGCCACUUCCACUUCGACACCAUCUUCACCGAGGCGUCGGACCAGGAGUCGGUGUACGCGGCCUGCGUCCAACCGCUGGUGGAGGCUUUCUUCGAAGGAUUCAACGCUACCGUGUUUGCCUACGGGCAGACGGGCUCCGGAAAGACCUACACCAUUGGAGAAGCCAGUGUCUCCGCCAUCAAUGAGGAUGAGCAGGGCAUCAUCCCACGAGCCAUGGCUGAAACCUUCAAACUCAUGGAUGAAAACAGCCUGCUGGACUGUACGGUUCGCAUCUGCUAUCUGGAAGUGUACAAAGAAGAGUUUCGGGACCUGCUGCAGGUGGAGACGGCGAGCAAGGACAUCCAGAUCCGAGAGGAUUGCAAGGGCAACAUUGUGCUCCAUGGGGUGAAGGAGACUGAAGUGGAGGGUCUGGACGAGGUCCUGAGCCUGCUGGAGAUGGGGAACGCAGCUCGACACACGGGGGCCACCCACCUCAACCGGAAGUCGAGCCGCUCCCACACCGUCUUCACGGUGACCAUGGAGCAGCGGCGCAGCCCCGGGCGCCUCGCCAGCCAAGAGAAAGCCUCGGUCCCGGCCUCGGGACAGGUUCUCGCCUCCAAAUUUCACUUUGUGGACCUGGCCGGCUCGGAGCGGGUGGUGAAGAUGGGGAGCACGGGGGAGAGGCUCAAGGAGAGCAUCCAGAUCAACACCAGCCUCUUGGCUUUGGGCAACGUCAUCAGCGCUUUGGGGGACGCUCGCCGAAAAAGCGGCCACAUCCCUUACCGGGAUUCCAAAAUUACAAGGAUUCUGAAAGAUUCUCUCGGAGGCAAUGCCAAGACCGUGAUGAUCGCCUGCCUCAGCCCUUCCUCCUCCGACUUCGACGAAAGCUUGACCACGCUGAACUACGCCAGCCGGGCUCAGAAUAUCAAGAACAAGGCGGUGGUGAACUGCCGCAAGGAGGCCGAACAUCUGGAGGAGCUGCCGCUGCGGCUCAAGAGCCUGCCGACGGCCUCGGAGCGGCGGCACCGCUCCGAGACCCGCAUCAUCAACCGCUCCGAAGCCCCCGCCAAGCCCAGCCCGGGGGAUCCGGCCGGCCGCUUGCAGGCGGAAUGCCGCCACUACCGGACGUGCACCGACGCCGCCUACCGACUUCUGAUGGAGCUCCAGGGGGGUGACCGCCUGACGGUGGAUCAGGCCCUGCGGGUGAAGGAGUGGCUGGGCGCCGUGGAGGGUGAGAGGAGCCAACUGAGCUCCGCCUCGGGUCUGGACAGUGGGAUCGAGAGCACUUCGGCGGACGAUCCGGCCCACCGAGAACUGAAUUCGAAGUUGACCAAGCCCCAGCAGGACCCUAGAAAAGGACCCGAGUCUGCACACGAGGAGACCGUGAUGAGGCUGGAGAGGCACAUUGAGCGCCUGGAAGAGGAGAACCGGGAUUUCCUUGCGGCUCUCGAAGAUGCCAUGGAACAGUACAGAAUCCAGAGCGCCAAGCUGCGAGAGCAACAGGACGUCAUCUAUGAACUACACAAGUCCCUGCAGAAGGAGAGGCCUCAGGCGGACGCCUCCGAGCUGCUGCAGAACAUCUUCCUGGUGGAGGCUGGCCAGAGGCCCCACACAGCUCCCGUGGACACAGACUGGGUCAGCCCCCGGCUCAGGUUCGGCCAGAGCAACGGCAGCAAGCUCCGUGGUGUUCCUGCUUCCAAUGGGAAAGACUUGUUGGAGUUUACUGGACUUUACCAUCAAAGGUUCACCCAGGGCUCCGUGGGCCCUGAUGCGAUACAAACCCUGGAGCUGGACAAGGCUUUGGAGCAGCCGUCUGUGAAGUGUGAGCAGGUGCGGUCUCUUCACCAGCGCAGAAACGGGAUCCACACCUGGAGCAAAGAGGACUGGUCCCCCGAGAGGCGCAGGAGAUGGAGCAAAAGCAACGUAGCGCUGAUCGAACCUGCAGGACUCUCCGGAGGGGGCUGCAGGAGACCAGAGGUGGGCAACCUCGGAGAAGGUUUUUCCGAGAAGGAUUCUGAGCGGCGGCUGCUUCAGGCCCACCAGAAGAUCCGGGAACUGGCCAUCAACAUCCGCAUGAAAGAGGACCUGAUUGUUGAACUCGUCAAAACAGGCAGGCACGCCCAGAGCAUGAAUAAGGAGUAUUGCCAGAAGAUCCGAAGUCUGGAGUUAGAGACCGAAGAGGUGCGAGUAGAACUGAGCGAGAGCCAGAGGCAGCUGCAGGCGCUGGAGGGCAAGGAGCCCCGGGACCCAGCCGAGAAGCGGAAACUCCAGGAAUAUCGUCGCAAAGUGGCAGCCGCGGAGAGCAAGGCCAAGAUCCUGCAAGAGAAGAAGCAGGCGGCGGAAAAGCUGGUCUCCCUCUCGGCUCAGAACGAGACGCGCCUGCAGGAACUCGAGCGCCAUGUGCAGCGGAUGCGGCGGCAGCAGGGGGAGCUGCAGCGGCGGCUGCGGGAAGAGGUGGAGCAGAAGCGGCGCCUGGAGGCGGAGAUGCACAAAGGGCAGCAUCGGGUCAAGGAGCUAGAGCUCAAACAGGAGCAGCACCAGAAGAUCCUGCGCAUCAAGACCGAGGAGGUCGCGGCCUUUCAGAGGAAGCGCCGGAGCGGCAGCAACGACUCCAUGAUCAGCCUGGAGCAGCAGCAGAAAAUCGAAGAACAGAAGAAAUGGUUGGACCUGGAGAUGGAAAAAACCUUGGAGCAGCGCCGGGCUUUGACCGAACUGGAAGACGAGCUGACCAAACGGGAAGCCAUCGUGGCCAAAAAGGAGGCUCUCCUGCAGGAGAAGAACGGCCUUGAGAACAAGAGGCUCCGCUCAAGCCAGGCCCUGAACGACGACAUCCUGAGAGUCUCCAGCCGCCUGGAGGAUCUGGAGAAAGAGCUCACCCAUAAGAACGGGCAGCUGUGCCACAGCAGCGCCCACGACCAGCAGCAGAUCCGCCGGGAAAUCGAGAAUCUGCGCCAAGAGAAAGACCAGCUGCUUAAGCAGAGGCUGGAGAUUGACAGCAAGCUGCGCCAGGGGACUUUGCUCUCCCCAGAGGAGGAACGGAUCCUCUUCCAGUUGGAUGAAGCCAUUGAGGCUCUUGACGCCGCCAUCGAGUACAAGAACGAAUCCAUCACCUGCCGGCAGCGGGUCCUCCGCUCGUCCGCCAGCCUCCUGUCCCAGUGCGAGAUGAACCUCAUGGCCAAACUCAGCUACCUCUCUUCCUCGGAGACCCGGGCGCUGCUCUGCAAGUACUUUGAUAAGGUGGUGACUCUGCGGGAGGAUCAGCACCGCCAACACAUGGCCUUUUCCGAGCUGGAGAUGCAGCUGGAAGAGCAGCUGCAGCUGGUCUUCUGGCUGGAAGUGGCCGUGGAACGCCAGCGGCUGGAGACAGACCGGCAGCUCACGCGCCAGCAGAAGGAGCACCAGCAGCAGGUCCAGCUCCUGCUCCAGCAGAGCCGGGAGCAAAUGGAAGAAGGCCAGGCCAGCAGCUGCCUUCGGUACGAAGGGAGGAUCCGGGCACUGGAACAGGAAGUGGCCCAUUAUCAGAAGGCAAACCAAGAGCUGAGCCAGCGACUCGGCCUGAACCAGCUGGAGGGUCAAGGCAGAGGAACGGAAAGAAUCCCGCAUGCUGCAGGGGACCGGCGUGGUUCACUUCGGGGACAGGACGACUUGAGCGGCCACGCUCCGUUGGAGCCAUGCAUGCCGACGGAGGCCUCUGAGAGAAGACCCAGGAACGGAGAAGAGGCCAGAGGCUCAGUCAACGCGCCUUUGCCGUCCACCUGGAGGCGAACCUCCCUUGCGAGCGUCCACUCUUUAGUACCGGACGAUGUUCACCAGAAAGAGACUGAUCUCCUGCCCCGAGCUGGCCAGACCAAGGAAGGAUCCGUCCUGCAAAGCUUCGCUCCACUUCUGAAACCUCGGACGGAAGUUUACAGGGCCGGCCCAAACGUUGUCCCUGGGCUGUUUUACCCGGAAAUCAUCGAUGUUAGGAGAAACCCCCUCUAAGCCCUGCUCCAUCUCAAAGCUGACACGUCGUGGAGGUUGCUUGCCGAAGGCAUGAAUACAGUAGCCUGUACCAGCAGUCCCUGUUUACUAUAUGAAAUGAUAUUAGGAACUGUGUAAAUAUUUUAAAUAACCUUUUAUACUAUUGUUUUCUAAUAA